UCCCGAUUCCGGUCCUCACCCCUGUGCCCAACCCGAUCCCGAUCCCGGUCCCGGUCCCGGUCCGGUGGCGGUCCCGGUGGCGGUCCCGGUCCGGUCCCGUUCCCGGCGCGAUGUGAGCGCUCCCGCACCAUGUCCCGGCAGCGAGACCUGGACCAGCUCCUGUGGGACCUGCGCUCCUUCCUGCUCCUGCUGGACCGCGAGAGCCUCAGCGCCGCCGCUCGGGCCAAGAAACGCUCCGUGUCCGCCCUGCUGGCCCGGCUGCAGCGCCCACCCCCAGAGGAUGCCGAGUACAUGAUCAUGCGCUGCCUCUCGCCCUCCCCGGUGACCCCGACGGGCCGGUGCAGCCCGGGCUCCGGGAGCGCAGAGGCAGCGGGAGGAGGAGGCCGCGAGCGCCCGCACGGAGCGAACAAGGAGCCGGGGGUCCCUCCGACCCUCCCAGCCGAUGACUCCUACGAAGACACCGAACCCCCCGAGCACGGCGGCGGCGACAGCGACAGCAGCCACUACGAGUCGUACGGAGAGGAGGAAGAGGAGGAGGAGGAGGAUGGGGGGGUGACGGACCGGGCCCAUUACCUGCGCUGGCCAGCGGGCACCAGCGCCGAGCCCCCCGAGCCCCCCGGGCGCCCCGAGGCGCAGCUCUGCGGUUUCCUCUGGAGGAAGCGCUGGCUGGGCCGGUGGGCCAAGCAGCUUUUCAUCGUCCGGGAGCACGUCCUGCUGUGCUUCAGGUGUGCCGCAGACCUGCAGCCGCUGCUGCAGCUGGACCUGCGCGGCUGCCGCGUCUCCUGCAAGGACAAGAGGGGCAAGAAGAUGCCCCAUGCCCUGAAGGUGGCAGGGAGGGCAGGAGAGGUGCUGGUCAUCGGCUUCCAGAGCCGGCAGCAGGCUGAGGACUGGAGGAAGGUGAUCGAGGAGGUGAGCAGCGAUGGCCCGAGCGGGCUGGCGGCUCUCGGGGUCCCAGCGCCGCCUUCCUCCAGGCCCGGCAGGAUUCGGGGCUCCCCUCACAGAUUCGGGGCUCCCCCCACAGAUUCGGGGAUCCCCCUAUCCCCACUCCGGGCCUGCCUCACCGCAGCUCGGCAAGGAGGAAGAGGAGGAGGGGAGGAAGCGCUGCCGGCCGAGCCCCGCGCGGCGCGGAGAGGACGGCAAAGGAGGGUUCCCGGUGCUCCGGCAGCGCCUGCGGGCCGCGCUCCGUCGCGGAGCCCUGCGGGUGCUGGCGGUGCCCGGCGCUGCCCCGCGCCCGGAGGGGUGCCGGGGGUCCCCCGGGACGGCCGCCGGAUCCCCCCAAAACCUCCGCGCCCGCAUCGCCCAGCGCGGCCGGGAGCUGGCCCGGCUGCAGGCCCGUCCGGACCAGGGGAGCGAAGCCCGGCUGAGGACCCCACAGACCAGGGGGGCAGCGGAGCCCAAGAAGGGCGAGGGGCCCCCGCCGAGACCCCCGAGGCCGAGCAGCCGCCCCGCUGCCGGGGGGCUGCUGCUGCGCCGUGUGCCCACCCCCAACGCCUACAUGGACGAUCCCUCCGGGCACCCCCCGCCAGCCGGGACCCCCAAACAUCUCUCGUGCAGCGCGGAGCGGCUGCAGCAGCUGCAGCAGAGCCUGGAGCGGGCAGUGCCAGGGCAGCGCCCCAGACCCGUGUCUGCCCUGCCCGGCUGUGCCAGCGCCGCGGGCGGUGCCCGGGCCUCGCCGGCAGGGCACAGAGCGUUUCCCAAGCCGGAGGAGCACACGGGGCAGCUGCUGAGGGGCGCGAAGGGCAGGAUGAGAUCCGGCUCCGAGAUCAACCUGCUGGCGCUGGGCACGGCGCUGAGGGGGCACAUCGCUGCCAGCGCCAGCUCGGCUGGCUCCGAGGGCUCGUUCCUCAGGCCGCUGCUGAAGCGCUCCAGCUCGGCCAGGAGCGCCCUGAGACCGCCGCCGUCCCCGCUCACGGCCGGGAAGGGAAAUGUGAUGCGGAAGAAAAAGGAGUGGGAGAUGAAAUCUGCGAUGUGAGGACGCGGCGGGAUUCUCCCGGAAAACCUCGGGCUGCGCGUGGAUCGCGCAGGACCAGCCUGAAAUUCGCCUUUUUCCCAUCAGUAUCAACGCUACAACCGCGCACAUUUAUUUUUUUAUACGCAGAUAUAUCCCUACACACAUAGCAGCUCUCCAGCCGGGCUCUCCCCCACAUUCCCGCGGUUUUUGGGGUUCACAAUUUCGGGGUUCACAAUUCCCGGGGGUCCCAGCCAUGUUCUCCCCACCCUUCCCUUCAUUUUUGGGGUUCACAAUUCCCGGGGGUCCCAGCCAUGCUCUCCCCAACCCUUCCCUCGGUUUUUGGGGUUCACAAUUCCCGGGGGUCCCAGCCAUGCUCUCCCCACCCUUCCCUUCAUUUUUGGGGUUCACAAUUCCCGGGGGUCCCAGCCAUGUUCUCCCCACCCUUCUCUUCAUUUUUGGGGUUCACAAUUCCCGGGGGUCCCAGCCAUGCUCUCCUCACCCUUCCCGCGGUUUUUGGGGUUCAUAAUUUCGGGGUACACAAUUCCCAGGGGUCCCAGCCAUGCUCUCCCCAACCCUUCCCUUCAUUUUUGGGGUUCACAAUUCCCGGGGGUCCCAGCCAUGCUCUCCCCAACCUUCCCUUCAUUUUUGGGGUUCACAAUUCCCGGGGGUCCCAGCCAUGCUCUCCCCACCCUUCUCUUCAUUUUUGGGGUUCACAAUUCCCGGGGGUCCCAGCCAUGCUCUCCCCACCCUUCCCUUCAUUUUUGGGGUUCACAAUUCCCGGGGGUCCCAGCCAUGCUCUCCCCACCCUUCCCGCGGUUUUUGGGGUUCACAAUUCCCGGGGGUCCCAGCCAUGUUCUCCCCACCCUUCCCUUCAUUUUUGGGGUUCACAAUUCCCGGGGGUCCCAGCCAUGCUCUCCUCACCCUUCCCUCGGUUUUUGGGGUUCACAAUUCCCAGGGGUCCCAGCCAUGCUCUCCCAACCCUUCCCUCGGUUUUUGGGGUUCACAAUUCCCGGGGGUCCCAGCCAUGCUCUCCCCAACCCUUCCCUUCAUUUUUGGGGUUCACAAUUCCAGAUUUCACCUUCAGGAGCUGCUGGCUCUGUCCCAAGCCCAUUAGUGGCACCCCAAACCCCCUCCAGCACCCCAAAUUUUCAGGGAAUUUGGGGUGCUGGAUCCAGACGAACCCCGGGAAAGAGGAAUUUGGGAAGGAUCCGAUUGUCCUUUCCCUGGAGGCAGCGGCCCCGGGCUGGGCCCGGGGUGAUUUUCCAGCAGCUGCGCUCGGCUUGGUUGUCAUUGGAGAAAUUUUGGUUUUUGUUUGUUUUUUUAAAGAGAAUUUUAAAAAU